AUGAAAACGCUGCCGGAGCUGAGUGCAGAUCUUAGCUCUGGUGAAGUCACCUCGGCCGCGUUGGUUGGGGCGUAUCUCGAGCGAAUUGAACAAGUGGACCGGUCUGGCCCUGCGCUGCAAAGCGUUCUAAUUGUCAAUCCACACGCACUUCGUGAGGCUCGCCUGCUAGAUGCCAAGCGCAACAAAGGGUACGAGUUGGGGCCUUUGCAUGGAAUCCCGAUCUUGCUCAAAGACAACAUCGAAUCGAGCGAUCAAAUGGCAACAACGGCCGGUUCGACCGCGCUGGCCCAGAACGUGACCGGACGUGACUCGCCUCUGGUCGCCGGGUUACGCGCAGCCGGUGUGGUGAUACUGGGCAAGACCAACCUGUCGCAAUGGGCUAACUUCAGGUCAGAGCGAUCCAUCAGCGGGUGGUCUUCCAUGGGUGGUCAGGUAAGAAACCCUCACAUGCUUGAUCGAAGCCCUUGUGGCUCUAGCUCAGGGUCUGCUGUUGCGGUGGCCGCAUCAUUGACCGCCGGGGCAGUCGCAAUUCAUCGUACCGAUCAGUUCUUCGCAAGACACGGCCGGGCCGAUGACAAAAACAGUCGCUGGUGCCGCGCUGAUGUUAGAUGCGAUGGUUACCACGGUGCCGGAGACAAGCUACGUAGGUCAACUCGACGACUCGAUCCUCGAUGGCGCCCGCGUCGGUGUUUGCGCUUCGCUGAGGGGUCUAAUCCAGAUAUUGUGGCCCGCUUUAACGAAGCGCUUGCGGUGUUGGCAACCGCUGGCGCAGAAUUGGUGGAGAUAGAGCAGUUCGCGGGGCGCGAUUCCACUUUCUACGACAGUUCGUAUGAGGUACUGAAAUAUGAGUUCAAGGCGACUCUUAACGACUAUCUCGCCAGUUUGCCUAUCAAUGUCAAGUCGCGCUCGCUGAACGAUCUGAUCGCUUUCAACCAGCGCCACCGCGAGCGCGAACUGGUUCUGUUCGAUCAAAGUAUCUUUGUUGAGUCUGCAGCCUACCCGCCGCUGACAGAUGAUACGUAUCUGGCUGCGCUGGCAAGCGUUCGACAAACCACCAGAGACAACGGCAUCGAUGCAUUACUGAAACGGCACCGGGCGCAGGUGUUGGUGUCGCCAUCGGGGCCGGUCGCCAGUCGGGUUGACCCCAUUAACGGUGACGUCUGGCCUGACUGGGCUGGGGCUGGAGGGAUUGCUGCGGUGGCUGGCUAUCCGCACUUAAGCGUUCCCAUGGGUAGUGUUCACGGCGUGCCGCUGGGGCUUUCGUUCUUUGCCGGCGCCAAUGAUGAUGCCGCAGUGUUGUCGUUUGGCUAUGCGUUUGAGCAACGCACGCAACAUAGAGUUGAGCCCCGAUACCUUGUGAUGCCGAACAGGCUGAAGAGCUACGCAAGGCGAUGA